AUGCUUGCCCGCGCCGCAAAAGGCGGCUCGAUAAUACCUUCUCCCAAUGCCCUCCGGGUACUCCGCCAAUUGGCUCUGGCCGGCUCAACAGUUGGCGGAUUCUGCACCGUCGCAGCCCUCACGUACGAAGCCCAUCGCCGGGUCCGCAUGGCCGAGAAAAUCAUCGAGAAUAAACGAACACUACACAGCAGUGCGCCGAAUUACGAUGCAACAUCUGCCGCCAAACGACUAAAGGUGAUGGUCGAGGCAGCAGAGGCGGGCGAAUUCAUGGGCAUUGAAUCCCUCAAGGCGAGGAAUCGGAACGUACCCGAUGAGCCAGGGUUCGAGACAGAAGACCUUGAGCCCAAGCCCAAGCCCAAGCCCCUGGUCAGCUUGGAAAAACACCAUGCUCGCUCAAAACGUUCGCUCUUUGGGAGCCAGUCAAUUGCACAAUCCAAUUACACAGGAAACAUCGAUUCUCCGGGUUUGGCCCAGAACGCUGAAAUUCUGGCUCGGGAGAAACAACAGGGCGAACUUGCACGAGAAUCUGGCAAGCUGCCCUUUGACGCCGAAAUCCGCAGGUUGUUAACUGAGGAGCGGGAAAUCACUGCUGCGAAUUUGUUCUUAGCGCACACUCGGCAGACACCUAACAUCUCUUGGGAACGCAGAGAGCUUGCAUGUGUUAUAUUCACCGCCAACUGCAUCAAAGGAAACCUCUUCGUUGCUCGAACUUUAUUCAAUCGCCUGGACAAAGUCAGUGUCGUCUCGGCGGAGAUGUGGGCUACACUGAUGCAUCUCCUUGCGAAAGAGGGGCAUAUUGACUCUGUCGGCGUUAUAUAUGAUAAAUUCAAAACUAGCUUUGCUGUUCCAAACCAUCUGUUGGAGGUCAUCCUGCGAUGUCUGAUCGAGUCCAAACGGUUGGACUCGGCCAAGUUCCUCUUCUUCCAGCGCUUCGAGGAUGACCGUGACUGUGGCCUGUGUGGUGCUUAUCUUGAUGGAUUAUGGCGGAAGACCAGGAGCAUGGAAUUGCUGUCUUCCCAACUCGGCCUCAUUCUCAAACGCCUCGAAUCACUCGAUCGAAGACCAACGGAGAAACUUUUCAACCCAAUGGUCAAGGCCAUGGUUGAAACUGGCCGAGCUGAAGAAGCUGAAGCUAUGGUCAAGGCUAUGCCAACACACUACGGGACUGAGCCUGGAUGCCGGACCAUUGGCUUGAUUAUCUACAACAGAGCACUUAACUGUGAAUGGGACAGGGUCAUGGAUGGCAUGCAUGCUAUGCACGAGCAUGGAUACACCCAAUCAAAGAAGGAUUUCACUAUGAUUUUCGACCGUGUCUUCUUGGAAUACUACCCCACGCACACGGGCCAGCAAAUUCUCGACUUCGUCAUCUCUUGUAUCAACGAUUUUGACAUACAACCGGACAAGGUACUCCACCGACACAUUCUCGAAGCGAUCAUUGAAAAGGGCAACGAAGAUAUGAUCGCACUCAUUAUGGAAAUGGCCGAGGAACAGAAUUGGAAUACUGGUAUUGACGAACGGUUUAUCAAGUCACUCCUGAAGAGCCGAAAACUCGCAAUGACCGACAACCCUGUGGGCAUCUGGCGACUGAAGCAAGCCGCCAAGAAUCGACAAGAUUAUUUAACUUCUUCCAGGCGCAUCCUUGGGACUAGUUCUGACACUUGGGCCGUACGGGGUGAGAAAAUUGCCCCGAUUCACAUUCCCGCCGAGGAAACUUUCCCUCAAACGGUCAGCGAGAUGGUGGCAUCCAAAAAUGCUAGUCUAUAUGUUCCGCUCCACAAACGGAUGGAGCACUUUAUCAACAUGGGCAGACACACCGAUGCCCUGGCCAUUUACCAUCACGCAUCCACUGGCGGUUUCGUAGUCAGGCCACUUCAUCUGAAGCUGGCUGUGAUCGCCGCGAUUCUCAGUUGCAAAAAGACAGGCUUGGCGAACGCGCGACGUCUAAUUACAUCUGAAUGGGAUUACUGGAAGAAUAUGCCUUCUCUCCGGCAUAGUAAGCGUUUUACUUCGUGGAUUCCCAUCUUCUUCCAACGGGUCAUGGAGGUAGACCCAGAAGCCAUUGGGUAUGGAGGCUUGAUCAAGAUGGCCAUUUUUGAAUAUUACGAUGUUUGUGCCAACACCAAGGGUCUUUUGGUGAAGCACUUUUGCGCUACGUCUUCCAGCCGUUACCUCAUUGGGGGUGGAACGCCAGACCUUGCCGUCGAUCUCCUCACAACAAUCUAUCAAUCUCGGUGGCGGAUCUCUCAUGGCUUCGACCAGGUACUAUUGAAGAUGUUGCUGCGUGGGUUUGCCAAGGUCCAUAACUUUAAGGGGGUCUGGUGGUGCAUAAUGACAGUCCUCUCGCGGAAUGAGCCUCUCAAUCAAGACUUUGUCGUGGAAGCCACCUCUCAGCUGGGCCCCCUAGAAAGUGCGAUCAGAUCCGAUGGCUCCUACGAUGCUGCGGGGCAAGUUUUGGUACUCCGGCAGAUCGUGGGGGCACUGGAGGCCAAACUUGAAGGUGAUUCGCAUUGGUCAACCAUUAAUGUUCACCCGGAGUUGAAAAGGUUGAAGCGUUCCAAGCCAUUCAAACUCACUGAGCAACAACAUCUCCUGCCCACCACAGACCUAGGGGAGCUCAUCAUGAACUUUGACGAAGAGUGGGAGUUGGAUCUGUUGCUUAAGCGCAAGCAGUUCGACGCUCCUGAUCAUGCAAAGUGGUGGGCUGAGUCCAACGUCACAAACUCGAAUACCGUGCCUUCAGAAGAUCCCGAGUACCCGUGGAACAAUCCAGCGCAUUGGGGUGCGCAUUACGUGCCGGAGAAGUACUCGUCCGACUAUCACCUGGAGUUUUCACUUGGAGGGGAAUACGAUGAGUAUAUGGAGUAUGAAGAUUAUCAGGGGCACCGGGCGUCCCAAUGA